AUGGACGUGCCCGAGCUGGCACGCACCGCCUCGCCGCGCCCGCGCGGCCACCGCCCGGCACCCGUGCUGCCCGGCGGCGCGGCGGCGCCGGUCUCGUCGCCGCCGCCGCCGCAGCCGCCGCAGUCGGGCCUCUUCCACGAUGCGGCGCUCGACGAUGUGUGCCGCAUGCAGACGUUUGAGAACCAGGCGUUUGCGACGCGCGACUUUAUGGCGGCGAUGAGCGAGCGCCUCAUCAGCCGCAGCAAGGCGGACCCGGGACCGUUCAACCCGCGCCCCUUUAUCCGGCAGUUCGAAUCGUCCGUCGAUCGCCUGCUCGCCCUGCGCGCCACCCUCACCGCGCAGGAGUCGGCCGAGGCGUCGGCGGUGCGUGUCUCCGAGUCGGCGUACGCGUCCAAGCUGCGCGACCUCUCGUCCAACUUUGCCAGCGUCGAGUCGUCCUUCGCCGGCCUCGAGGAGCGCUUCACCGACGUCGGGCGCACGGCGCUGCAGACCGGCGAGCAGCUGCAGACCGUCGACCGCCUCAAGACGCGCGCUGCCGAGGCGAGCGACCUCAUCGAGUACUACUACCAGUUCGCCCGCGGCGACACGGCGCGCCUCGACCGCCUGCGCAAGGAGGGCGGCCGUGAGGGGCGCCUGCGCACUGCCGUGAUCGCACGGCGCCUGGCGGCCAUCGCGCGGGAGGUAGACAUGCCCGGCGCCGAGCAGACGCGCGACACCAUCGAUGCGUUUGCGGAGCGCUUCGAGCGCGACAUGCUCAAGCUCUUUGACAAGUUCUACCGCAAGUCGGAUCCCAAGAUGAUGUCGCACAUUGCCAAGGUGCUGCAGAACUUCAACGGCGGCCACAGCUGCGUGCAGAUCUACGUCAAUCAGCACGACUUUUUCAUCUCAAAGGACCGUAUUGGCGGGCGCGAGGGCGUCGCGACGAGUCCGAUAUGGAAGAGCCUCACCGAUCCCGAUGCGCCGCCGCCGCGGACUGAAAAGGGCCUCGACGAGCUCUUUACGGAGAUCCGCCAGACGGUCGAGAUCGAGGCGCAGAUCAUCGGCGCCGUCUUUCCGUCGCCGCUGCUCGUUAUGACGACGUUCCUGCAGCGCGUCUUUGCGCAGAGUGUGCAGGCCUACGUCGAGGUGCUCAUGGACAAGGCGUCCGAGGUCGGCGCGGCGAGCAGCGGGCGCGAUGCGGCGGGCACAGGUGGCGAUGCCGGGCCUGGCGCAAGCAGCCUCGCGUUCCUGCGCACGCUGCACUUGGCGCGCACCAUGGCUCUCUCGCUGGUGGCUGAGCUGAAGAUGUACGACUUCCGCUCGAGCGGCACUGCUGCCGCCGCGAAGAGCGCCUUCAGCCUGCACGAGACAGGCAGGCUUCUCGGCGGCUCGACUACGCUCGACGCGCUGGGCUCGGCCGCCCACGCCAGCAGCGGGAGUGCGCUUGGCGGCAUGCUGGAUCAGGCCGUGGAGGAGCUCUUUGUGCCGUAUAUGGAGGGGGUCAAGUACGUCGACCGCGAGGGCAGAUCGCUCACGGACCUGUACGCGGCGUACUUGCUGCCCUUCUCGAACUACCACCGCGCCACGCAUCAAGUCAAGACGUCCACCAUCUUCGACCGCGUCCGGGCACAGGUUCAAGCGGCUUCGAUUGCUGGUGGCAGCGCCGGGGCUGGCGCAGCAGCGGCGCCUGUUCCGGCCAAGACGUCGGGCUUUGGCUUCAGCAAGCUGUCUGGCUUCGUCGACCGCGCCCGCGGAGGCACCACUGCGGCACCCGCUGCGGUGCCAGCCGCGCUGGGGCAAGACGCGGCUGCGGCGGUCGCUGGUGUCGAGGGCGAGCAGGUCGAGGAGAGCGACGGCGAGCUGAGUCUGGAGGUGGCCGAACGCAUGCUGCGCUGGCACGCGGAAGCCAUUGGUCGUUGCGUCGACCUGAGCACCUCCUCGGAAGUCCCGAAGAACGCGUUUGCGCUUCUCAAGGUCCUCGCUGAAGCCUUCAUCAAGUCGUACCUCGAGACUGCCCUCGCCUCGGCGCAGAAGCUCGUCGACUCGCAGGACGUGCGCGGCGCCACGCUGCAGGACAUCAGCCCGCUGGGCGAGGUGCGGCAGGUCGAGCUGAUCGUGCAGCUGUGGCAGCACUACGUGACGACCGCGCUGCUGCCGCUUGCCGGCUCGAGUGUCACGGUGCGCCGCGAGAUGGCCAUCUACAACAACCACUCGCUCCUGCGUGUCGAGGGCAAGUGCGAUGCGAUCUUGCAGAAGGCCACCGACAACAUCGUCGCCUAUCUGGCUGCUCGCCUGGCCACACAGAAGCGCAACGACUAUGCGCCCAAGAACGACGAGCUUGCCUUUGCGCGCAUCAACACGGAUCCGUGCGUCUCGUGCUGCGAGGCACUCGAAAAGGUGCAGUCGGUUGCGCGGGCGACCAACGGGCUUGGCGGCGGCAAGAAUGCCGAGGCAUUCCUGACCGAGGUCGGCGUCACGUUUCACGGACUGCUGCUCGAGCACCUCAAGAAGCACACGGUCAGCGCCGCCGGCGGCAUCAUGCUGGGCCAAGACCUGUCCGCCUACCAAAACGUGAUCAGCACCUUUGGCAUCCCAGCGCUGUCGGACCGCUUCGACAUGCUGCGCCAGCUCGGCAACCUCUUCAUCGUGCAGCCGGCCGUGCUGAAGUCGUACAUGCGCGAGGCACACCUGGCGCGCAUCGACGAGCGCCUGCUGCGUCCUUACCUGCUGCGCCGCAGCGAUUACAAGGUGCGUGGCCCGGCCCGAUCAGAAGGCACCGCAUCUGACGCAGCAGACUCGCCCGCCAGGAUGUGCGCGAUCUCGACGUCGCCGACCUGGCGUCGCCGGCGGGCGCGGCAGAGCCAGUGGCAGCUGUGCACGUCGGCGGCAGCGAGGCGCGUCUGGC